AUGUUUAAAGUACGCGACGCCAUAGGCGCACUUCCGUGGCUAGUCCUUACACUGUCUCGCUUCGCGGUUGCCGACUGCGAGUGCGGCUACUCCAUCAAUGGGACCAACAGCACAGAGUUCGAAGUCUUCACCGAUCUUUUGGAGAACGACUUCUUGCACACAAGUGGCGACAACAUAACCGCUUUCGGCUGGCGGCCACAGGAGUACAAUGUCUCGGCCAAGGACGCUCGAGGACCGUAUGGCAAGAACUUUAGUGUCGCAAACGCAGAGUUGAACCCGUUGAAGAACGCGCAAGUUUGGUCUGGAGACUCCAUGAACGGGGGUGAUGCAGGCUUGAAAUUGUGGGUGCGCGGCGACCAUUCAAGUGGAUACGUAGGUGGUGCAGAAUUGGCCACUGUGCGCAACGACACUCUCUACGGCAGCUAUCGCGUAGGCAUGAAGCUUUCGGGAGAGAGCGGGACAUGCGGCGCCUUCUUCUGGUUCUUCAACAACUCGCAAGAGAUCGACAUGGAAUUUCUCUCGAGGCAGUUCAACGAAUCCCAAGGGACGGUCCAGCUCGUUCUCCAGUCUCCGCAGUCUGUGCACAACGGCUACGAUGCAUCCGGCACAGCUGGAUACCAGAUUCAGCAUCUUCCCUUCCGGCCGGACCAGCAGUUCCACGAGUACCGCUUCGACUGGAGACCGGAAAGUGUCGUCUUCUACGUUGACGGCAAAGUCAUGCACGAGAUGACCGAGAACAUUCCCAGUGAGCCCGGACACAUGUUUCUGAACCAUUGGAGCAACGGCGACAAACUAUGGUCAGCGGGCCCUCCAUCAGCCGACACAUCGAUGACUGUGUCAUACGUCAAGGCGUACUUCAACUCGACUGAUACUGCACGUCACAAUACGUACAGCAAACAGUGCCCGAAGUUUGAUUCUUCAAAAGUGUGCUCCGUCCCAGCACAGACCGUGGCACCCGAUGGCAGCAACGCAAAAACAUACUUCUUCUCUCAAGAAGAUGGCAAAACACCAGGACAACAGAUUUACCAUACCACCAAUGGGAACGGUGCCGGAAGACUUCUCCGCGCGCACACGAUAUACAUCUCGAUCUUCGUCAGUUUCUUGAGCUGGGCCAUACUAUAG